AUGAAGAAUUACUUGAUAUACUUUGCUCAGUCGUAUCCCAACUUCAGAAGACCAGAGUUGGAGUCUUUGGCAAAUUUGAACAACUUUUCCUUCGACUUGAGCCAUCAUGAUGAAUCCAAACCUUUCAUCGUAGUGCAACUAGAAAACGAUGACCAAGCUAAAAAGAUAAUGGAUAGGUCCAUUUUGAGUAGAGGGAUAUAUGAAUUAUGGGGCCAGGGAUCCAACUAUGAUGAGCUCCAUGCCAACAUCAAGGCUACAUCACAAGACAAGUUCGAAGUGUACAAGAAGUCCAGUUUCAAGUUCGAUUUCAUCGGCUACAAGGGAAGCAAGAGCAGGGAAGAAAGAGUGGAAAUAAUACAAAAUUUCAAGUAUCUUGCUUUCGAAGGAGGUGUUCGUUUGAAGAAUCCUGAUGAAGUUUUUACUGUUUUGGAAGAAUACAGCGUAUCUGGAAUGGAGAAGGCUACAACACCACGUAACAUAUGGUUUGGAAGACAAGUGCAACUAAGUUCUAGAACUGAAAAUGUUCUCGAUAAGUACGAUUUGAGAAGAAGGAAAUACAUUGGAACAACUUCAUUCGAUGCCGAGUUGUCUUUGGUAACCUGCAAUAUUGGCCAGGUGGGUCCAGGAAAGGUAUGCUACGACCCAUUCACUGGAACUGGCUCAUUCCUAGUUGCAUCGGCCAAUUUUGGAGCCUUGCCUAUUGGUUCAGAUAUAGAUGUACGAAUGUUGAGAGGGAAAGGGAAAAACUGUAAUAUCCAAGCCAACUUCAAGCAAUACGGAACUUCAACUCAAUUUCUAGACGUCUUAACCAUGGACUUCACCAACAAUGCAUUCAGAAAGGAUUUCGUUAUUGACUCCAUCGUCUGCGACCCUCCCUACGGUGUCAGAGAAGGGUUGAAGGUUUGCGGAGCUAAGCAUCCCGAAAAGGCGGAAGGAAGAGAAAAUAUAGUUAUAGAAGGGGAGAAGGCUCAUUUGAGAAGAGACUUUAUUCAACCAAAGAAACCAUACGAGUUGUCGGAUUUAUUGGACGACCUUCUAUUUUUUGCGGGCGAGAGAUUGCCCAUAGGGGGUAGACUUGCAUUCUGGAUGCCUACAGCUAACGAUGAUUUCCAGGUGAACUUGAUUCCUCAGCAUGAACAACUCGAGUUGUUGUACAAUUUGGAACAAGAAUUCAACAAAUGGUCCAGAAGACUUUUGGUAUAUGUCAAGAGGGAUGAAACCUACAAGGGAAAGACUACGAAUGGGUUGAAGAGCCAAAACAUAGCCAACUUUAGAGAUCGUUAUUUCAAUGGCUUCAACGACCAAAGUAAAUAA